GUUUCUCCGUGUACCCUCCAAUCUCCGUAACCAAUUCUUCCCCUUCCACCAGAUAGCUCUCUUCCGCCGUCAGGCGAAGUCGCUCCCUUUUCGUUUCUUUCUUUCGCCGCCGGAACCAGACGAUUGAGAGGACCAAGCAUAGAGGUCGGAGUCGAUCUCAGUAGCCCUCCUGUCAGAAAUUCUUAAAACCCUUUUCCCGCGCUCUUCAUUUUCCCCCCAUUUUGCCAGUCUGGUGUUUGGGUUUAAGCUUCAGGGAAAUGGAGAGAUGGCGAUUGCUUUCUGGGCGUUUCUUAUGAAAAUUCUCUGCCUCUUCCUUUGGUCAAACGCCAAGGAAAGGCUCGUUGCUUAGCCCGGAACGCGAGCUCUGUGAGAAAUUAGUCAUUAUUAGAAGACUACCGGUUUCCUUAUCACUGUUUCUAGCUUUGUUAGACUGGUAAGGAAAUGAGUUUGUCUGUGGUUCUACUUGUCUAACAAGGCUGACUAUUUGUUAUGCUCAAAGGAGAUAGGUCUUUUCAUUCUGGUAGUUGCAUAAGGAUACUGACCAAUGAGUGCUUACUAUCUCUCCUCAAGCCAUUGAUUCUACACUGAAAGCUCCUAGAAGCAGCUUCAAGAGGAUUGUUUGGUGUAGCUUGUGUUUCAAUAGUGGAAAGCACUUCCAGUAAUUAUGCUAAAGACCAAUUCUCACACUGGUUGAUAGUAUCACAGUCGAAGUUGAUAGCUGAUUUGAUCAACGUGCUAUUGCAGAAUUUGAUCACCAAAGAGUUCAGCCAGGUAGUUAACCACUGGCAAGCUAAAGUGCUAGUUCCCGGCUCUUCAACAGUUUCCGCAGGCAAUUUUGCUGAACCAGGAAUUGCUGAAGCUAUGGAAUCCAGUUCUGGAGAUUCUUCGGCUGUGCCAUGGUCGGAGAAAGGAUGGGGCGAGAAGGUUUCUGAGAAGGUGAUCAUGAAAUACAAUUCUCUUCCUAAGAAAGGAAAGCCGCAGGGAACAGAAGUCACAGUCUUGGCCGCAUUUCUCAUUUCACGGUCUUCUAGAGAGUUAGAAGUGGUGGCUUUAGGGACUGGGACAAAAUGCAUUGGGAGGUCGCGCUUGAGCAAUCGCGGUGACGUUGUGAAUGAUUCCCACGCCGAAAUUAUUGCUCGGAGAGCUUUGAUGAGGUUGUUCUAUACAGAGAUUCAGAGGCUCACCGAAGUUCCAAACCAGCAAGGAAUGGCAGAUGGAAGGACACAGUUGCUUGAAGACAGCGCUGACAACCGGUUGUUUGAUGUGGAUGGGGAUGAUGGUAACCAUGUGAAGUACAAAUUGAGAGCUGGGUGGGACUUACAUAUGUAUAUCUCGCAGUUGCCAUGUGGGGAUGCCUCUGGAAGUUCACCAUUUCUUUCCACACGAAAUGCCUUCCAAAAAAGGGAAGAUUUAGCGAAUGAUUGUACGGUGGAUGAUCUAAGAUUUUGUGGCAUGGUUCAAAGGAAGCCAGGUCGUGGCGAUACAACAUUUUCAGUUAGCUGCUCUGACAAGAUAGCUCGUUGGAAUGUUCUUGGAGUUCAAGGAGCUCUGCUUUCACACUUCAUUCCACCUGUUUACAUUUCCUCUGUUACUGUCGGUAACUCUCCUAUUAUUGCUGAAAGUUUUCGUUUGGAAGAGCACUUGAAAAGAUCGUUGUAUGAACGGAUCUUGCCAUUGUCAAAGGAAGUGUCAAAUCCCUAUCGAGUACAUGAGCCAGUUUUGUCGGUGGCUCCUGUACCACCCAAGGAGUUCCAGCAUGCUGAUACUGCCCUUGCCACUUUGACCUGCGGGUAUUCCAUAUGUUGGAAUAACUCUGGUUUGCAUGAAGUUGUUCUUGGGACCACUGGUAGAAAGCAAGGUACCUCUGUGAAAGCUGCUCUUUCUCCGUCCACUCAGUCAUUGCUAUGCAAAAAGCGACUGCUGGAUCUUUUUUUGGUGCUGAGGCAGGGGUUCGAGAAAACAGACCUUCUCAAGGAGACUUCUUACAGAGACCUCAAGAGCAGCGCAAGCGAGUACAGUGAAGCUUCAAAAACAUUUAAAGGGAAGCAGCCUUUUGAUAACUGGCCGAUAAAACCAUUGGAUCUGGAGGCAUUCUUUCAGGCUGGUGGAGUAUAGGCUUGCAGUUAUUAGGAGAUUAUGCGUGUGUAUUCCAGACAAUUUUGGAAGGUUUUGUGAGAAACCUUUGGCAUGUGAAAUUCAAUGUAUAAUGUGUAUGGAUAAGUGUAUUUGAAAUGCACACAUAUUUGAAAUUAUGAAUUUAAAAUGCUUUUAAUUUUAAUUUAUUGUUUGGUUAUUCA